CAUGGGAGGAGGAGAAAUUCACAAGGGAUCAUCAUCGUUAUCCAGCAAUGAAUCGUGUCGGAAUCCAACUGCAUAUUUCUUCGAUAGAGAUGUGGAAACCAUAAUCCAACAUGCUUCUGAAGAACAAGAUCGCAAAAUUUACCUUGAAGUUCUAAAUACUUACAAGAAUGGUCUGAAUUUGGAGAAGCUCGAAGAAGCCAAGAGGAAGGUUUUGAGUUACACUCCCGGUUCGAGGAUCGAUAAUUUUGAUCACUCCAAUUUCCCAAAGACCACAUCGAUCAUUUUGGUAGGACCGAAGGGAUCUGGCAAGAGCAGCCUUGUCAACAAAAUUUCCGCGGCGCUUGAGGGCUACAAGCUCGGUUUGUGUCGAGCACAAGUAUCUUAUAAUGGAUCAAGCGAGAAUGGAACUUAUUUUCUUCACGAGUUUAUGGUUCCUCGGAGUUCAAGUUCCAUAUGCUUGUACGAUACGCGUAGUUUGUCCGAAGAUGUCUCUGAGAACAACGAGAUGCUUAUCGGAUGGAUGACAGGCGGCGUUUGCCACGGUGAAUUAGUUCAAAAGAAUUCUGAUACUAUCGAUUUAAACAAUCGCCUACGAGCCAAAGCGAGGCAUAAUCACAGAUUGGGCAAACCUAGGGAAGUUAACUUUGCCAUAUUGGUUGUGAAUGCUGUUGAUGUUUUAAAAUCCAUUUCCGGUGAAGAUGAAAGCUUCAAGAAUUAUUCGCAACUGAUAGCUACCACUUUCAACAAUCCGUUUCUAUCUUUCAAAGAUGACAAACCUGCGAUUGUAAUUACACACGGCGAUCUACUCUCUAUUGAAGAUCGUGUGAGUGUCCGUCUUUAUUUGGGAGAUGUGAUGCAAGCUCAUCCAAAAACUCAGAUUUUCGAUAUUCCGGAUGAUGAGGAUUCGCCCACAAUAUUAUCAGUAUUCGAAAUGUUAAACUACUGUCUUGAUCGCGCCGAUAGAAAUCUUCUGUCCAAACAAAUGAUGAUACCGACCAUAUCACUUUUUUCUUCUAUGCUCUUUGUGUUGAUGUUGACAACAACUUACAUGCUCAAGUAA